AUGUGGCUGGCUCGCUUAGCACUGCGGCCUAAUUACUCGGUGCAAAUGAUAGCAAAACGACAACUAACUUCUUCAAUGAAAACUGAAGAGAAGUGGAGAGCCAUAUGGAACGAUUUUCUUCAAAAGACUGAUUUUUGCAAAUCUGCUGGUGCUGAUGCACUUCGUCGCAUUUUCGUUGCAGGUUGGAAAGGUGGCAAUCGAGCAUUCCUGUGGUAUGCAAUUGAAGAUCGAUUCAGUCAUGAAUAUGCAUAUGCAUUCGAACCAAUAAAACAAUCAGAGCCACCAAAACUCUUAUUAAUGAGAGCACUGCAAAAGGAAAUGUGGGCUGCAGCGUUGAAACGUGGUACUUGGUUCCUGGUUCCUCAACAUGAUUAA